GAUGUCUGCAGAGCUAGGGUAAUCCCUGAAGACCUUGGGAUGUGAAUUUGAGCUGCUGGGAUUCAAGCUUUUGGCGUGCAGUGGACAUUGGGGUUUAAAGAGAGCCUUUUGUUCUAGAAUUUUGGUUUUGAGACAAGGUCUCAUGUAUCUCUGGUUGACCUCCAAGUCCUGCCCCUCCUGUUUCUACAUUUGUGCUGGAAUGACAGAAGAGAGCCAGAGCCUGUUUUAUGCGAGCGCAGGUCUGCCUGCACGUGAGGCAAGCGCUCUGCCCGCUGAGCAACUUGCCCAGCAGGAGCCUGAGAUGUUUGAUUACUUAUUUUGAGAUAGCCUCACUGUAUCUCAGGCAGUCCUCAAACUCAGUGAUUUUCCUGCAUCAUCCGCUGAUAUGUUGGGAUCACAACUGUGAAUCAACAGGCAGGCCAGUUUCUAUGGCUUUAAACGCUUUUUGAAAUUGAGGAAUCUUUCUAAUCUUGAGCUAGAAAAGUGGCAACCCUCCUGUCUCCGUCUUCCAAGUAUGAGCCUUCAUAGUGGGGCGGCGGAAUGGAAGAAGGUGAGGACCUAGGAAGCCUGAUUAAAGUGAUCCACUUGCUGGUCUUGUCUGGUGCCUGGGGCAUGCAAAUGUGGGUGACCUUUGCUUCAGGCUUCCUGCUUUUUCGGAGCAUCCCAAGGCACACGUUCGGACUCGUGCAGAGCAAGCUCUUCCCAGUCUAUUUUCACAUCUCCUUGGGCUGUGCCUUCAUCAACCUCUGUAUCUUGGCACCACAGAGAGCCUGGAUUCACCUCACACUGUGGGAAGUCAGUCAGCUUACCCUACUGCUUCUGAGCCUCACACUGGCCACCAUCAAUGCUCGCUGGCUCGAGGCUCGCACCACGGCCAUCAUGUGGGCCCUGCAGAGUAUAGAGAAAGAACGAGGCCUGGGGACAGAGGUACCAGGCAGCCUCCAGGGCCCUGACCCCUACCGCCAGCUGCGGGAGAAGGACCCCAAAUACAGUGCUCUACGACGGAAAUUCUUCCACUACCAUGGCCUGUCUUCCCUCUGCAACCUGGGGUGCCUGCUGAGCAAUGGCUUCUGCCUUGCGGCCCUUGCCCUGGGGCUCAGGAGCCUCUAACAUAGGCCCUAUGUGUCAAUAAAUGCUUCUUUGGA